AUGGCAUCCGCCUCAAAACCAAUCCGACGGAUCGAAGUGGCCUGGGACAGGGAUAGGCUGCAAGUCGUCCUACCACGCUCGGCGUCCCCCAAGCUAGCCGAUCUCAAGACAGAAAUUUCCGCAAUCACUUCUAUCCCCUACGAGCAAAUCAAGCUCGUCUACUGCGGGAUGAUUAUGAAGGAUGAUCGCGCGACACUGGAACGCUUUGGCUUGCGGGACGGUUCCCGGGUCAUGUUAAUAGGGACGAAAGGCGGGGUUCCAUUACAAGGCGACACACCUGGACAAAAGCAGAGUUCAUCCCAUGCCGGAGCCAGGGAGGCGCAGGACCAAGCUGCGAGAUCACGAAAGCAGAAUGAGGAAGAUCUUAGCGAAGGUGGACUGUUGAAGCGGAUUCAAGAUACUGUCCAAGGGGUUCGCACAGAUCUCCUGCCAGAGGUCGAGCAGUUCGAGAGGUCGACGCUCGCGCUCGGGAACGCUGCAUCGGCCCCUUCGGAGCAGGCAGUGCACCCACCAACACAGAAUGGCACGCCAGCUGGCGUGCUUACGCCACCUCAACUAGCCUUUGAGCAUCGCAAAUUGUCAGAGCUUCUGCUCAGGUCGCUCUUGACGUUGGACGGUGUCCAGGUCAACAGCGACAUGACGCGCGCUGCUCGCAAGGCAGCAGUCAAGGAAGUGCAGGCGUUAUUAGAUCGAGUAGACGCUAAUUGGACGAAAGCAAAAACACUUGGUGUAGCUUAG